AUGUCUUCCAAAGAACAAUCGGCCUUGGAGGUCUACAUCAGAUUUAAUGACGACCUUGAGAAGGAUUACUGUUUCCAAGUGUCCACUGAAACCAGAUUCAGGGACUUGUACCGUAUUUUCGACGGUUUGCCUAUUUCGCUAAGACCCAACUUGUUCUAUUCAUUGAGACCUUUGACUUUCCAGGUUUCUACGGCUCCUGGCUACUUGACUGAGGAUGGUGCUCUUCUCUUCUCGUAUGAGACUUCCCAGCCAAGAUUCCGCAAGAACAUCAACUUGGAGGACCGUAUUGCCCAGCACUGCUGGCCAGGUCAGUUGAUCAUUCCAGUGUGGGAGUUCCUUUCUUUCAGAUUCUACCUUUUUGUGACCACUUUGAUUGUCUGGCUUUACACUGACUUGCCUGACUUUAUUUCCCCAACCCCAGGUAUCUGUUUGACCAACCAUGUGUCCAACAUGAUUGCCUACUUUGCUACUCGUUUCGGUUACGGCCACAUUGCCGACAUUGUGAUUAAGGAUGUCCAGGAGCCAGUUGCAAUUGGUGGCCAAUGUGUCUUUUUCGCUUUCCACCUUGUCAAGGUGCUUACCAUUUUCUUUGUUGUGCACAUCGGUCUUUUCAACCCUAGAAAAUUCAGAUACUCCAAUGACACUGAGAUCACCAAGGAGAAAUUGCUUGACCUUGGCUGGACUGGUUCAAGACGUGCUACUGCUGACGAGUACGCUGAGUCCUACAGAGAGUACAAGAUCAACGAGCACGGCGGUAUGGUGCCUGCUCACCAAGCUGGUAUCUUCAACAAGUUGAAGAAGUUGGGCGUCUGGCUUGGUGAAGGUGAGGGCUACGACACUCCUGUGUCCAAGGACAACAAGCUCUCUGAUAUCACUGAGGACAAGUUCGUGUUGAGUUACGACUUGUUCAUUAAGCUCGGUGAGGUUUUCGAGAACCACAUCACUGGUAAGGGUGCUGAGGAGUUGAACGCCAGCAUCAAGCAGUUCCGUCGUUUCGGUUUAAUGCACAGUGACGAGGAGCUCCAAGAAUUAGUCGAGAAGAGAAAGAAGGGUGGCGACAAGCGUUUGGACUAG